GGUAAUGAUACUGUAGUCGCGCGACCGAGGAUGCCUCCAUUGUUGAGCGUAAACUCCAGAAUGGGCUGGUGAAGUAUGGCUACUACGACAACCUCCUCUCUCGGGACCUCGAGGCGCGCAAGAACACUGAACCGAAAACGGCUGAGCAGCGCGCCGCGAAGGAGAGGCAGGCGGCGGAGGGGCGCAGGCAUCAGGGUCACGGCCAGGGUCACUCCGCGGGUACUUCCAACGGGGCAGCUCAGCCCUCCGGGUCUCAGUCUGGUCCACGUCGCUCGUGGCCGAACGGCCCGACACCUAUCACAUCCUUGCGGAAGUCCCGUGAGGACGCGUUCAACGGCGAGCUGUUCUCUCGGACGACCGAGGAUGCUUUCAUGGUUGAGCGUGAGCUCCAAGAAGGACUGGUGGAACGCGGCCACUACGACGAACUCGAGGCGCGCAGAACCGCCGAUCCGGAAACGAAAGAGGAGCGCGCCGCGAGGGAGAGACAGGAGAUGGAGGGGCGCAGGCGUCUACGUCAGGGCCUGGGUCACUCCGCGGGGACUUCUAACGGGGCAACUCAGCACUCCGGGCCUCAGUCGCAGGCUUCGCCGAGUCGCCCGCGGCCGAACGGCCCGAGACCCCAUCCUGCAUCCUGGAGUAGCCCCCGGGAGGACGCUCUCGACGGCGACCUGUUUACCUGGGCAUCUGAGGAUGCCUCCAUGGUCGAGCGUGAGCUUCAAGAAGGACUGGCGGAGCACGGCUCCCUUCUCUCUCGGGACCUCGCGCCGGCGGGCUCUGGACGCGUCGCGGCUCAGGAGCAAGCCGAGAGGCAGCGUGCGCAAAAUAUACGGGCGGCGCAGGUGAGAGCCAGCCUUCGGCAGGUCCAGGAUCGUCAGCGGAACAAGGCUGGGCGGAGUCGUCCGCCUCCUCAGCAGCCGAACGGUGGUUCGGGGCACAACGGCGGCGCCGGGCGGGGGGCAGGAGCCCAUCACCGUCGCCGGGAGUAUGACCUCGACGGCGAGCUGUUCGAGCGCGGCUUCGAGAUAGACGGGCUUGACUGAGGCGAUGUAGCAUGGUCGUGGGGGGUUACGAUGUAUUCCCGCCUGUUGUACGCAUGCGUACCCCUUGUAAAGCCAACCGUAACGUGAAGGCGCGGUCCUAACGUCGG